AUGCGAACGUAAAUGCGUGAUCUGACUCGUCGUAAGUGUAGUAUCAUAACCUCGUUGUUCGCUUGCGAAUUAUAUGUCAAUUCAUUUUAUUUAAUCGCGCGAAACAACAGCCAUUCGUAAAGUUGGAACGUAUAUAGUUUUGCAUGGUCAUUCAAUUGCUCCUAACUUCACAAUUAAAACAAAUAAAUCAAGAUGACGCUAUCAUCUUACGUCUCUCGAAUAAAUCAGAUCGAUGCCACUCAGUUGGACACAGAGAUUUACAAAAUACUGAAGAAUCAAAUCAAAGAAAUCGCGAGAUACAGCGGGCCUGGCAAGAUCGACAAAUGGCAAGCCGAAGUAGACGUUCUCUUGAAAUUUCUCAUCUGGAAAUUUUCGCUGCAACGAGGAUCCUCCACAUUCGGCCAGCAACUCCUUAAUUUGCAGUACGCUAACAUCAAUCAGAAGAAAGCUAUACUUUAUUUAAUUCUAAGCGUUCUACCUCAAUAUCUGAAAGACAAGUUGAGUAAUGAAAAUAUUUCGGAUCGUGGCAUGCUCAUCCAAAGUCUAAAAUCGUUCAUCGAUUGGACGUCGAACGCUGUCAGUUUCCUAGAGCUUAUCAAUCUGCUCUACUUUCUUCAUCAAGGCGUACAGUCGCGCGUGAUAGAGUGUCUGUUAAAUCUGUCAAGUCAGUCGAUAACAACGCAUCGACCCAGAACAAUCGGCUACUCGUACAUGACGAGAGAAUUGCUGUGGCACGGUCUGAUGGAGCUCUUCACCAUCGGCAUACCCAUGAUCAACUUUCAUUAUCUGAAGUACACGGUAACCCGACUCUGGCGGCGACCGGAACUAGUAAUGAGACGAUCGUUCCCGGUGAUGGAUGCUGCGACCAAAUGCGCUUACUGCGAGGAGAAUCCGAUCCUGCCAUCGCACGCCGGCUGCACACACGUCUUCUGUUACUACUGUUUGCAAGCGCACUUUACCGCGAUGAAUGUGUUCCACUGUCCCAGCUGCAACGCUAAGCUCCACGCCGAAGAUAUGAAGAGAUACACAAUCGCGAGUGCACCAUCGAGUGACGACGAAGAUUCGGACGAUAGUUUUGAGAGAAUGGACAAUGGCUAACGUAUGAACGUAUGUAUACUUUUAAUUUUAUCAAAAAAAAAAAAGUGAAUCGAUGAUCGCGGGAUAACGUGAUGGUGACGGAUAUAAAUUGUGGUGCUUUUAUUAUGACGAAGGGCUAUGUAUGAUAUUAAUAUUUUUUUAUUAAAAAUAGCAAUAUACAAAAUCUUUAUUUUUCAUUUUAAUACAACGAAUCCUAAUUUUUUCUGACAUUUUUCUCCUUUUUUUCCGAAACAAAUGAUAAUAAGAAAUCAGUGUAUAUAUAUAUAUAUUCUUGAUUUUUAUCAAAAAUUAUAUUAGAUUAUUAUAUAAAAAUUUUGCUGCGUUGUAUAUUACAAAACGCUUCUUCCGCGCAAGUCGAUGGAUCGAUCAUUCACAUGCGAUAAUGAUACGUUCAUCGAUUAAUUUAACAUUCAGCUACUGCACCUGCGCUCGAUGGGCGGGUACAUCCCCGGAUUUAUUACAUGAGAAACGACAUUUAUUAUAAGCACUAGAGCACAGAGAAAGGAAAACGCGAAAUACAUACACAUAAAUUAACACUUCAUUCGCCUCUCCUACACGACAUUACAUAUAUUUCACUCGAAUUAAACUCGUAUCAUCUUUUUUUGGAAUGUGUGAUUUAUAAUACAAUUGUAUAUAUAAUGUCUUCCUUUUGCGGGAAAUCUCUUCUCGCAUCUUUCCGCAAUAUUUAAUUUCUAUUUGAGCUUGUUGAAAAUAUCCGCGUCUCCAUUCGCGCGAGUCUAUUCUAAUACUAAUCUUACAUUGCGACGGAAUUUGCCCGAAAAAUAAUUAGACACUUAAAUAUGACACGAUUAAGAUAUAACAUUAUUUAUUUUUUUAUAUUGCAUUCCUUUUUUUUUAAUAUUCUAAUUUAUAAUAAUGUCUUCCCUUACCCUUCUCUCUCUCUCUCUCUUUUUCCUUAAAAAAAUUUUCAAACUAGAAAUUUAAUUUUUUUCAAAGAUUUGCCAUUAUUUUUUUGCAUACUCUUUUUCGGGCGAACUCCUUAAUUAAUCUUCGCAUUAUUUAUAUAAGCAAAUCGAAGAGUGCGAUUUCGAUCUUGCUAGGCAAAAAAACAAAAUUUUCGAUGUUUGGAGUAUGAAAGAGGGAACGUAAUAGUGCGAGGCAUUCAUUUUAUCGAUAUAUGAGAAUGAUCAAUGCAAGGCACUAUCAUAUAGCUGUUGAAUUAAGGCAAUAUUAUGUCUAAAGAGAGAGAUCGGCGUUUGUGAUAUUAUAUAUCUCGAAACGCGCUCGUGAGUUCCACAAUUUUCCAAACUUGUCCUUGAGAUAUAUUCAUAAGAUAAUAUGAUACAUUAUGAGUGAAAAUAAAGAUAUAUGCAAUCAAUCAUCUUUUUAAAGACUUGGAAAAAUUUAUUUUAAAAUUGUAAAAAUUCAAUCAAAAUUAUACAAUUGAUUGGAACAAAACUAGAUAUACAAUUCCAAUAAAUCGAUUUAAUUGAUUUAAUUCCAGCAUGAUAUUUAGAAUAUAAAUAUCAAUCAAUUAGAUUUUAUUUUAAUUUUAUUUUCACAAUUUUGAGAGACAUCAAUUUUCACAAAUUUUUAAAAAGAAUUUUUAGAUCAAAUCAUUAAAUUCUGAUCGAAGAAUGCCUUCGAAUUAUAUGAGCAAUCGCCGAGAAAUUGUUGCUCAAUAAUAUGACUGUGGACUUGAAAUCCUUCCGAAAUUCUCAGAAAAAGUCUAUAAUUUUUUUUUUUAAUCCGUAUACAUAUUAUUCAUAUAUUAUCCAUAUAUAUUAUAUCAUUUUUCAUGAAAGUAGAAACCAAGAAAAUGGAAGUCAUUGGAGACAUUGAAAACUAGAAUUGCCUACGUUUAUAAUUCAUAAGCUUCUCUUCAAUGACCAAGUUAUAUUUAAAAGAUGAAUCUUGCAAAUUAUGAGCUUAAUUCAUUUCUAGCUUUGAACGAUUUCUAUAAACCAAUUAAAUUGUGUGUAUAUAAAGUUCUCGAUAAGUUAGGUAGGAAAGAAUGAGUCCACAAUUUGCUAUAAUGAAACAGUAUUAAUAAUUUGUAAUAUUUUCUCUACCCCGUUCUCGACGCAAAAACAUGAAAAAAUAUAUAUACUCACGAUAUACGCUACACACUAGAGAGAGAUAAACAAUUUGAGAAAAAUUUACAGCGCAUUUCUCAUAAACGCAACGGACUUGAAGUCACAUAAUUUCGCGAGCGAGGUCGAUCGCAAUUAAUUAUACGCGUUAAUAUUCUGCAUUGAUCUUGCUCGUUUUCGAGAGAGAAAGAGAAAGUCUGUCAUGUUAUUUGCUGAGGAUGCAAAAUGUGUCAGGUGAAUAGAGACGAAUAAGGAAUAGUGGAGAAAUUGCGGUUAUACAGUCUUUGAAAGUGUUUAGACGGGUGUGUCUUCUCUCUUUCCGGCAUAAUUAAUUCUCAUUAAUCGAAAUGUUUGAGCGCUUGUUUAUAAUCGUUUUUCUCUUCUUGUUUCUCCUCGCACGCGCGUUCCCUUCUUUUCUUUUAAUGCUACUUUCCGCGAUUAUAUAUCUAUAUAUAUUACCCGUAUACGCUAGAUCUAGAACAUGAUCAGUAUACAUUUACAUAGGAACAUUGACGGCUUUCUUUUCAGGACUAAGGAAAGAAACCGAUUGCUGGCCGGCAAAGGGACUAUCUCGUUAUAUACAGAUACGUUAUAUGUUAUAUACAGAUUUAUCACGAGUUUUAUAUUUUCGCGAGGACAGUAACAUGUACUUUCUUACAAGUGUUGGGAAAAGAGUCUAGAAUUUAGAAAAAUAUGAUUUUCACGAUAUUCUUCUUUUGCUCUGAAAUUUCUGUCUCUGCGAUAUAUUCAAAAAAAUAAACUGAUUUAAUUUUAAUUACGUCUUAUCACAACCUGGGGUAGAUUGUUUUUCUUUCAAAUUUUUGGAACUCGAAACAUCUGCGUAACUGGCGGUAUGCAGGCGAUUUUUGAACGAGAACUUUUUAAGCUCGCGCUUGCGCUGCUUCGUUGAUUCAUUAUUGAUGCAUACGCGUACAUUUUAUCCGCAACGACAGUAAAUAUAUCACAUGAUUCUCGUUUGAUUGUGCACUUUAUGCUUACAAGAUGUCAGUAACUUUCUCAUGUUAUCAUUUUGUCGAGAUACCCUUUACCGACACAGAACAACGAUUAGUAUCGCAACUUGU